CUUCGCUAGCACCGCAUUCGCUCCUCCGUCAUUGUCGUUUAAGUAUGCGAUAUGGUAUGGCGGCUGAGGCUGAUUAUUCGAUCGUUCAGCCUUACAGUACCUAGGAUCAAAGUAUAUACGAAAAGAACUUUCCUCCGAACAUGAAAUACUUUAGCAAAUCAAGAAUAUCGUCAAACACACCAUUUAUCUCUCUCUAGCUAUUUAUCGCACAAAGAAACAUCAUGGCUUUCCUUCUCGCUUUCCCACUCCUAGCAUCUAGCAUAGUCCAUGCAGCAGACGUUGGAACAUACAAUUACACAUCAUCCCCAAAACUCUCCUCAGCAGCCAUAUCCCAAUUCAACGCCUCAGCAAACACAUCCUGGUCUCAAAAAAUUGACAGCAUAAUCUACGACUCCCCAUUCAACCUCACAACCGUCCACCCAGAAUACAAAGUCACCCUCGCCAUCUCUGAGCAUGCUUCACCAGAAAACACUUCAGACUCCUCUGUCACGCAAUCCCUGAUCUUCAUCACCCCGCCUGCAAAUAGUGGGGUAGGCGUCGGCAACGAUUCAACUGUACGGGAUUGGUAUAGUUGUGCGGUGGUAUUCAAGCGGAUUACGGACGCAGCGACGAGGAGAGGAGAGAAUGAAGAUGGAGGGUGUCACCCUACCUUGGGAGGACUCUGUAUUGAUGCGUUGUAUGCGCGAGUUCGAGAGACUACGGAUGUGGAUGGAAGGGUUGGAUGUGGGACUUUGAUUCGGGAGAUCCCAAGUGAAUGCAGUGAGGCGAUUGCAGGAGGGGGAAGUGAUUUUCUGUCGUUUGAUCUCAACGCAAGCUCUAAGUCCUCGGAUUUGGUCCCGUUAAUUCUCACCACGAGUGAACCUCACAGUCCUGCGAAUAAGAGCUACUAUGAGGAGGCUAGCCAUCGUAUUUGGCCUGUUCUGAUGUACCAGAAAGUUACUUCUGGUGGCGGUGAUGAUUGGACUCAGGCGGCUGCGAGUACGCAGAUGACUUGCUUGAGAGAUCACAACGCUCUAAAGAGCGUGAGUGGGACUCAAACGACUUCGUCUACACCCUCGUCGACUGCAACGGAUAAGCCUGGUGCGGGGGUGAAGUUUGGGAUGGAAGGGAAGAUGUGGGGUGUGGUGCUGGUUGCUUUGGCAGGAUUGAUGAUGGGUGUUUAACAUAUGAUAAUUUGCAUUUUUUAAGGCGGAAGAAUAGAAGUUAUAGAUCGUCUACUGGGGCAAAUAAAGAUUUGAGUCAGAAAGAUGACGGUGGGCUCUGAUCCAGAUACCCCUAGUGAAAAGGGUUCGAUGAUCGGUGUCACUGCAUCACUGCCCAAGAUGGUUAUACAUCUUCCAGAUUGAGCAGGGUAGUCAUAUACUGUAUCAUGUAAUGCAACGAUUCCAUUGACGUAGAGUCAUAUCAAUCA